GCAAGUACAGUAAUGGUACACAGCAAGAAUGUCUUUGGCUCACGUCAAAACUGACAAUGAAAGAUUUGUUGUAGUCUGUUGUUAAGGUUUAGUGUAGCAGUGUUUGGGGAUGUUGUAUUGAUUGUUAAAAGUUUUGUAUGUGUAGGCCUUCGUAUUUCGAGACUGAAAUACAUGUAUUAAUUAAGUUGGGUUCAAAUUUUUCAUGUGUGUUUGGAUUAGCGCUAAUAUGAAUUACCAGCACAUUAUUAAUCAGUGUGAUGACAAUGGUGUAGAAGACAGCCUGUGGGAUUAUCUACCAGUUGAGCCUGUUGUGAAGGUGGAGGCAUUGGAUGAUGACGAUACUAGUGACGAUGAAAUAGUGCCAAGUGCUAUAGUGGAGCCCAUCCUGCUGAAACCUGAUUCAGCUGAGGAUGAAGAAAUUGUACUGGACUUGAAACCAGAGCCUUAUUUGGACAAUCAUACAGGAAGGAUGCAUAUGGAGCCAUACAGCAGCCAUGAUCAAUCUUGGUCAUCUGACAUGGCGAGAAGAACAAUUCAAGAACUAAAUUUGCGUGCAGCAGACUCAAAAUUGGCUGCUGUUCAGGCACGUAGGCGAGCCCAACGGCUCCUGGGCCCAGCUGGUAUCCAUAAGAUACGCAGUUACAUGGUGGCAUUUCAGCAUCAGCGAUAUACGGCAAAAUAUGGGUUUUAUUCAGCGAAGUAUGGGCUUCGCCAAAUGUGAGCAUUUUGUAGUGCUCUAUGGCGAGGGAUAUAUUCUGCACAGGGGAAAACAAUUCACACUUGAUAUUUAUCCUUUGCUCCAAAGAUAAGAUGCGGAGAGUCUGAAAAUCAAUGUAGGACUGAUAGUAAAAUGAAAAAAAGCUGACAUGAACUUGACACUUUCACCAUUAGAAGAUUUUUCCGUAGGAGUGAAGCGAAAAGGGAGUGAAACUUUAAAAAGAUGGAAUAUAGAGAGUACUACAUCAGUCAUUCUUAACCCUUGUCAGAGGUACUGAAAAAAAAAAAAAAGAAAAAAAAAUGUUUGAAGAGAAGAACUGACAAUAAAAUGUGAGAGGCAAAAUAGCAGCUUUGAAGUUGUGGAAGUGGUGGAAAAAGCAUUUGUAAGUGAAUAAAAUUAACAAAAGUUGCUAGGCAAGAAGUCACAAACAGACAAAGUGUGUGUAAAUGGGGCAGUUAAGAAUUAACAUGGCAAAUAUGUAUUUUAUGUCCAGCCCUGGAAUCAGAAAGGGAUGAAAACAGAAGGUAGGAAGAGGAGAAGGGUUAGUAUAAAUUAAGGUGUGGCCUGAGUACCAUAACCACACCAUAUGAGUAUAUAAUGUAGGCGUCUUGUACCCAGUAACUUUUAUAUAUUAAAAAAAGUAGCCUGACUAGUAAGCAGACUAUAGUUCAUCUUCUAAAUUUUCUGUGAUGUGUUAGUGUAAUUUGGAAAAGUCCAUUUGCUUUGAAGAAUACAGCACAGUAAAGAUACUAAUUUGUAACACAGCUGUGAAUGAAUUCCAAGAUUGGUUCCACUAUCUGCACUUGUGGCAAACAUGACAUAAAUUUGUAACACAGCUGUGAGUGAAUUCCAAGAUUGGUUCUACUGUUUGUGCUCGUGGCAAACUGACAUAAACAGUAUUCAGUACCAUUCAUGAAAUGGUAAUCACUAUUGCAUGGUUAACAUUAUUUUUUGUUUAAAAUUUGCUUUUGACAACAUGUCUGAUUGCUAACUCCUUUUUCCACGAUAACCUGCAGUAGUUGAUGUGGAUAUAAUAUAUAUAUCGACCAGUGGUAUUGUGCCUCGUAUCUACUUCAUUCAAAUCUUGUUUUGAUUACUGGUCGCACCAGGUAUGUUGUGCUUCCCAUGAACUAUCCUUCAAGUUGUGUAAUUAAAGGUUGAGGAAAUAGACAUUUAAAACUGCUUCUUCAAAUUACUGUUGCACCUGAUUAAAUUUACACUGAUGAGCCAUAACAUAAUGAUACCCUGUGUAAUAGCAUGUUAGUCCACUUUCCAAAUACAGCACAGCAGUGAAUCUGCAAGUCCUUGAUAGCUUUCUAAAAGUAUGUAGCUUUCUAGAAGUACGUCACACCAGAUGUCCACUGACAGAUCACUAAAUUCCCACAAAUCAUGAGGUGGUGGUUUGUGGGCACAAAAUCGGCACCCAAUAAGUGUUCCAGUGGGUACGGAUCGGGCAUUUUCUGAUGAAGAUAUCAGUGUGAUUUCACUAUGAUGCUCCUCAAAUAGCUGCAGCAUGAUUCUGGCCUUGUGUCGUGGAAAGUUAUCUGCUGGAAGAGGUCAUUGCCAUCAGAGAAGACUUCAACAAUGAAGAGAUGCAGGUGGUCAGCAGUCAUGUUCACAUGGUUCACUGCUGUCAUAGUGUGUUUGAGUACUACCAUACGUCCUAUAGGAGCCCAACUCUAUACAGCCUAUAGCACAAUUCUGCCCUCACCGGCUUGAACCUGUGGUGCAGUGCACAUUUCAAGCAGCCAUCCACCUGGACUAUGGGGUGUAAGGACUCAACCAUCGACCUGGUGUAACAGGUUUUUGUUCAUUCCACGGACAAUACAUUUCUAUUGAUCUACAGUGAAAACUCAGUGAUGCUGUGCCCACUGCAGUUGUAACUCACAAUGUUAUUAGGUCAGCACAAGAACAUGGGGUUGUGUGAUAGAGCUCCACAUUCAGCAGUGGCCUUUGAAUGGUCUGCUCCCAAACACUUGUGCCUGGUUCAGCAUUGUCCUCUGUCGUCAGAUCAGCCACAUAGUGCUGCCUGUCUGGAUUACAUACUGGGGUAUCCUCCAACCUCUACAUUUUGUGAUGAGAUGCGGCCUUCCAGUAGCAUACAGCUUAUGCGUUAUUCCACCAUCCUUCAACUACUUCCAUAGGUGCUCAUGACAGUGGCACGCGAACAGGUGACCAGAUUUGGUGUUUCAAAAAUUCUCGUUUCCAGCCGCAGUGCCACAACAAUGUGCCAUUUGUCAAAACCACUUGCAUCAGUGGAUUUUCGCAUUUGCAGCCUGGUAUCUUCGCUAUAAUGACUGCCCAUUCAUCUCCCAUCCACUUACAUUCUUUCCUUACUGCAUCCUGUGCCUGCAACACCACCAGGAGGCAUUCAAACAUGUGAGGGCAGUUGUCAUAUUGUUUUGAUUCAUGAUUGUAUUAUCAGUAGUGACGUACAGUAGUUUAAACAACUUCAGUUAUACUUCUUGAGAAUUAGGAGGCACAACAUAACUGACUGUUACAUGCUUGAGCUCUAGUAGCAAAGCAUAAAUCUUCCAAAGUUUUUCUUACACAGAUUUGUACGCAGUUAAUGAUAAUGGUAAUAGAUCACUCUUGCAGUGCCAUUUUUUCUCAUUGUUUUUGGAGAGAACAUAAUUUUAAAUUAAAUUGUUGAACUGUUUAAAACUUUCAGUAAAAUUUCUUCUGUUAAGGACCUCAUGCUACAAUAAUGUAUGAAGUAUAUAAUUAAAACAGACUUCAAGAGAGAGAAAAAUUUGAAUGAGGAUUUUUAAAGAAAAAGUGAUACAUAUUUGACUACAGUUCUGUUGAGACAUUCAGAACGUCUAUUCUUAAAAUCUUUAUUGUGUUUAAAAACUGUGUACUAAGUUUAGUGAUACAGCAAGAGAGUGUUACUGUUUGCUUCAUAAUUUGGAAGAUAUUGGCAGUGAAAGUAACUUGUGCAAAAAGUCCUCAACUCAUGCCACAUUUUGUGUCAUUAAACUUUUUCAGAUAUACAGAAAAUAAGAUAAAAUAAGUUGAGCAGUCAAAUGAAAACCAAACACCCACCAUGAGAUUGUUUGUGCUGCAGGUGGCCCUACUGUUGAUUAUUUUGACAUUGUCAUUGCUAUGGUUGGGGUACAGCAUUGUAUUACAUCAUUGGUUCAUGCAGUUGUUGGGUUACGAUCUUGGUUGUUGGUGGACUGAGCAAUUGUGUUCAUCCAGUUAUUGACAUUGAGAUGAGCCAAGAAGAGCAGACACACAUGGUCAGUUUUCAGGUGGCUGAGGGUGCUGGAGUAUGUGAAAUUCAUCGUCACAUGUCUACUGUGUGUGGUGAACACUGCAUAUCCCUGCCGUGUUCACGAGUGAUGUAAGAAGAGGUUCCAGGAAUGGUGCACAUCACUGCAAGAUGAUUGGCAGGCCCUCUGAGCCAUUAUGCCUGAUGUGUUGGAGUAGAUUGAUGGCCUUAUCAUCCAGGGAGACACACGAAUCCCGGAUGAAAUUCAUAUUCUCAUUGUCAUUAGCCAUCGCUCCUUGUAUGCUAUUUCCAAAGACCACUUGCAGUACUGCAAAAUUUGUGCACAAUAGAUGCUACAUCACCUGACAGAGGGACAAAAGAUCGACAGAAUAGCAUCAAGUCUGAGUCAUCUGCUAAGGUGCCAUGAGGUGAGGCAUGUGUUCCUGUCCUGUAUCAUCACAGGAGAUGAAGCAUGGGGCCACCAUUACGAGCCCCAAGGCAAGUGGCAAAGCCAACAGCGGAAACAUCCAACAUAUCCCCCGCCCUCAGAAGUCCAAAGAUGUACACACAAGUUCAAUUAAGGUCAUGAUGAUCUCCUCCUUUGAUAGCAGGGGCCCUCAGUGUGCAGUGUGCAGCCCUGUCAAGACACUUUGCAGAAACUGUGACACACCGUAAGUCAAAAUGCAGAAAAAUGCUGUUAGACGGAAUCAUCCUGUUUCACGAUAAUGCACUGCCAGUCAGAUGAAGGCUACACUUAAGUGAUUUGGUUGUGAAACACUGCAAUAUCAUCCAUACAGCCUGGAUUUUUCACCAUGUGAUUUUCACAUCUUUGAUGUCCUGAAGAAAGAUGUGUGGAUGUUGGUUUCAAUUGGGUGAGGAAGUGCAAGAGUGGGUAUGGUUAAGGAUCCAUCAGUAGCCAACAACAUUCCGUGAAACAAGGAUUUGACAGUCUCAUCUCCCAGUGGGAUAAAUGUCUGAAUGAGUGUGGUUGGAAUGGAACCAGUCCAUGGUUCCAUUGUGAUGGGUGUUCAGUUUUCAUUUGACUGCCCCUCACACAGCAGUUUCCUACAGUGAAAUCUGUAAUUCACUAAAUGUUUCCGUAGUUGAAUUUGUUUUUUGUACUCAUUGUCACCUGAAGAAUAAAAGGACAGUAAUCAUCA